CCAUAAGCACAACAACAAAAUAAGGGUCUGAAAUCGGAAUGUUUGCAACUUUAAUUCGACAAGUAUGAUUAAUGACAACGUUUAAAAUGUUAAUCCUGGGCGUUAUUGAAGGAAUAAAAGUUAAACAUGGCGUUUGCUCGCUGAGGGGGAACAAGCGGAGUGUGCUGAUUUCUGACCAUGGCCGAGCCUACGAAGAAGAAGCUGAAAAAGCCUGACGUGAAAAUUGUCUUGCUGGGUGACAUGAAUGUGGGGAAAACAUCUCUUCUCCACAGGUACACCGAGAGGAAAUUUAAGGACACAGUGAGCACAGUCGGAGGGGCUUUCUAUCUCAAGCAGUGGGGACCCUACAAUAUCUCCAUAUGGGACACUGCAGGUCGUGAACAGUUCCAUGGUCUUGGCUCUAUGUACUGCCGUGGUGCAGCUGCAGUCAUCCUCACCUAUGACACAACCAGCUGGCAAAGCUACGUAGAGUUGGAAGAUCGCUUUCUAUCCCUAACUGACACCGCCAAUGCUGACUGUAUCUUUGCCAUAGUAGGCAACAAAGCUGAUCUGACUGACACGCAUGCACAAGGUUCAAAUCCGGACAGAGGGGAGGAGAACAUGUCUGCACGUUCAUCUUUUUCUUCCUCCUCCCUUCAGCGCAAACAGGUGAACAGAGAAGAUGCCAUGGCUCUCUAUGGGCGUGUGCUACAUUACAAAGGGCUGGAAGAGAAGGCCUGUCUGCCCGCUGAAAGGAUGGUCUUUGAGACCAGUGCUAAAACUGGCUACAACGUGGAUGUGUUGUUUGAAACAGUGUUUGACUUGGUCGUGCCCUCAAUCCUAAAGAAGCGAAAUGAGGUUGAGAGCACUGUUGAUCUGGAAGCACCCAGUAAAGUUAAGAGGACUAAAGCUGGCUGUUGUGCCUAGGAGGGUCUAAAAUGGGAAUUUAAACGAACGAAAGCACAGAAGGUUGUUUACAUUUCAUCGAAAAUUCUGGUAACCCUUCUGUUAGAAUGGAUGACCAUAUUUUUGUAAAUUGAAUAAUUUGUAACAAUCAAUGUUAAUUAUUAAACAGAGAAAAAUAAGUAUUAAUCAAGUUGACCAUGGCCUAAAAGGAACACGUAAGUUGUUUAACAUUGUUUUAUUUGCCCAACUGUAAUGAAUUUUAAUUAUAUGUGAUGUGCUGUGAUUCCAGGUACUAUAAUUUAUCACUUUAAAAAAAAAAAAUGAAACAAUCUUGUAACAAAUUAUGUGAAAAUAAUAAGUGUUUUUUUUAUUUAUUAGAAAACAAAAAAAAUAAACAUGAUUGUAAGUUA